CGAAGUUUUUUGUGGAGUAUGGCGAUUCCAGUUAGAGAAGUUCCACUGUAGUACAUAUAUAUGUAUAUGUAAAUAAAGAUUUAAGUAAGAAAAAAGUAUGUAAACACCAAAACAGAUGGAAAUAAUCUACAACAUGAAUGUUCGACCAUCCGAAUUACAUGUGUAUGAUGUGAAAGAAAGUGGAAAAUCAGUAAAUUAAUGAAAAAAAAGUUAUGCGGAAAAAGGAAGGUAAUAAACCAAGAGAUGUGAAAAUAAAAACAAUAUGGAAAAAUUCACUCCAUGAUUCAUUAUAUUCAGCUAGCAUAAACUGAUUUUUGCACGAUUUAAAUGCUCGCAAAAUCCAUAUCUAAGCAAAUGCACAAUCGAACAUACAUGCACGAAUAGCAGUCUAAGUAUCGUGCAUUCCCCUUAAAAUCGCAGUUCACUGCAGUUUAUUGCCUUGAACGAUUGUACCAUGCACCGCACCGCAUCGCAGAUGUGAUGAAUGCCAAGUGAAUAAUGUGGAGAUAUGCAAUACUCUAUAAAUUGAAUGGUAACCAACAGACUAAAAACUAAUGUUGCAGAAGUCGUUACACCGCAAACAGCUGAACAACUGAAAAAGCAUUGAAUACAAUGGUUAAUUUUUUUAAUAAGUGGAAGUUUUUUUGCAAUGUUUGGAAGGCUUCACUGGAUAACAAACAAUUGCGAUAUAUACUUUAUAUGUUCUGUUUACUCAGCUGUCACGAGAUCACCAAUGGCAAGGAAGCAACGCUAAACCGUCGCUUCAUGUGGAAGCAAAUGCAUGUUGAAAAUAAAGUUGUCGACAUGGGCACGAGAGCAUACCCCAUGAAACAUAUGAUCUCCGAUCUAGCGCCCAAUCGGCACACAAUGCUUACAAGUAAACUAAUGGAUUAUUUGCCUUCGGAAACCACCAGAGUAAAAUAUAUAAUACGCAACCCCUCAACGAAAAAACCUAUGAAAAUUAUUAAAAUUCGACCAAGUAAAAAAAUUAUUAAAAUAAUGACGAAGCCAACGAUUACCACUGAUACAAAUACAGUAAAUUCAUACAAAGACUCAGUGCCAACGUAUCUCAAUAGUGACCAAAUGGCGAAUUUGGAAAAAGAACAAGAGUUAAUUGCCGAAGGGCGAUUGUCAUUUAAAAGCGACGAUGUGGAUCAACAUAAUCACAUUUCCGAGAAUGAAAAGUAUUCUCCACAGUUGAACAAAGAAACGACCGAUGAUCACAAUUCCUGGUUACCACUUUUUGACUCUUUUGACUCGCCACUCAAACCCCAUACACUAAGUCCAUUGCACACCAGUAUUAUGGCCGAGACUCUGCCUAAACCGGAAAAACAGAUUUCUCAACAAUCACUUCUGUCCAUUGGUGAGCAAAAUCAACACAUUGCCGAUAAUUACCACGAUCAAAAUUCAAAUGGUUAUGAAGUAACUGAACAUAUUGCUGAAGAAUCUAUAGCUCUACCUUUAACGCAGGGUUCUCAAAUUAGUCUUCGAAUCGGAACAGCUCCAUCCAGAUUUUCUUUAAUUCAACCCACUAGCCCAGCGUAUAGAGAUAAAUUUGCCCCGACAAUCACAACAAGUACCUCGACAGAGGAGCCACCAAAUUACCCGGCCAAUUUCUUAAGACGAUUCCAUGAACGUUUACAUACAGCUACAACCUUACCGCCUUCCAAUAUUGCAAACUCUGCCCCACCGAUGAGAUCAAAACAACGUAAAAAUUCAGCAGAACUUAAUGUCGAUUGGACUCCAAGCAAUAUUAGUAGCACCAGAGAGACAUUCAAGAUGAGGGGUCGGUUUCAAGGUUUGCCCUCCCGGAUUAAAAGUGAAAAAUGGCCACCAGAGGUUGUAUCUUCCUCGACUAUGUCUCAUUUUCCUCUAGAUAAUUUAUCCACAACUGGCAACUUUGGCGUAAUGAAAUCCCUAGUAUUAAUAGCCAGCACUACAACACCAAUAUUAGCAACGGAAUUCAGAGAGCAAGUCACCUCAGCUCCACCUGUCAGGUCAAGAAAACAACCACCAUUAGCGACAAUUAAGGUGAGGCAAAGCGUCGAACUACCAAAAUUCCAAAAUAAGAGAGAACAUAAUCGUGGAUCAAUUAAAUUUGGUGACAAAAUUUUUACGGAAGAUUAGGUCUAGAUUGUCACACAAAAAACUCUUAAUUUUUCACUCUUCUGUUAAUAAAAAUAAUAUUAUAUUUACUAAUAAUAAUAAUAAGUAAUAAAAACUAAAUGAAAUUAAAAAGAUGAAAUAACAAAUAAUCAAAACACAAAUGUUACAAUUUAAGAAUUGCCUAAUUGUAAAAAUGAUGUGCUGAUGACAAUGCUUAACGAGCACUUUACAAAUGCAAUUUUUGGAGAAAUCUUG